AUGGAGAAGUCGAGUAGCGAGGAUUCUUCGAUCCACCGGAGUCCAUCUUUGGAUAGCAAGGACUCGGACUUUGCCAAGCCGUCCACCUCGGGCCGCCCGUUCGGCCGCGGCUUCACGGCCGGCGCUUUCUACGGCACCGCGGGCUCCCGGGGCCAGAGCCGCGCCGAGGCCGGCGUUAAGACUGACAAGUACAAUGCACCCAAGGGCAGCAAGUACGUGGUGUUUUACCUGGACCUGUCCUUUGUUUUCCUCCUAGAAUUUAAGAAGUGCAACAUGGCCAGGGGCUGCCUCUGCUGCUUGAAGUACAUGAUGUUCCUCUUCAAUUUGAUAUUCUGGCUCUGUGGCUGUGGGCUGCUCGGAGUGGGCAUUUGGCUCUCCGUGUCCCAAGGCAACUUUGCCACCUUCUCCCCCAGCUUCCCGUCGCUGUCUGCAGCCAACCUAGUCAUCGCCAUAGGCACCAUUGUCAUGGUGACGGGCUUCCUCGGCUGCCUGGGGGCCAUCAAGGAGAACAAGUGCCUCCUCCUCAGUUUUUUCGUCGUCCUGUUGAUCAUCCUUCUAGCAGAGCUGAUCUUACUGAUCCUCUUCUUUGUCUACAUGGACAAGGUGAGUGAGAAUGCCAAGAAGGACCUGAAGGAGGGCCUGCUGCUGUACAACACGGAGAACAACGUGGGGCUGAAGAACGCCUGGAACAUCAUCCAGGCUGAGAUGCGUUGCUGUGGUGUCACCGACUACACAGACUGGUACCCGGUGCUGGGCGAGAACACAGUGCCCGACCGCUGCUGCAUGGAGAACUCCCAGGGCUGUGGGCGCAACAGCACCACCCCGCUGUGGAAGACGGGCUGCUAUGACAAGGUGAAGAUAUGGUUCGAUGACAACAAGCAUGUGCUUGGCACGGUGGGGAUGUGCAUCCUUGUCAUGCAGAUCCUGGGCAUGGCCUUCUCCAUGACCCUCUGCCAGCACAUCCACAGGACCGGGAAGAAGUACGCCGCCUGAGGGGCCGGCGGGAGCGCCCAGCCCCGCCGCACACGGCCGGGAGGAAGAUUGGAGCUUUGUGUUGCCUGCCGCACUCGGACUGCUGACCCCAUCCCCCCAGCCCGCCCGCCCGCGCUGCUGUGGGUGGAGGGCCGGGGGAGGAGGCCCGCAGAGACCUUGGGGUGCUGGGGGCACCUGGAUUCCUGCAUCUGUGUAUUUGCCAAAGAAGACAGGGUGGGCCGGGGGCAUGCUCCAGGAGGCCCCCAGCACCGAUGCAUUUCUGCCCCUGCCCUUCCUCACGCCGACCCUUAGUCCCCAUGUUGGGUGCAGGGCACAGCGCUCCCUCCUGGUGGAGAGACUGCCCAGCCGAGGUCGCUGGUAUCCACAGCCCCCGUGGGAGAGCGGGAGAGCUGGUGGGGGCACCUGACCGCUCUAGGCCAGGCCCCCGGGAGCAUCUUGCCCAGGCUUUUUAUACCUUACAGUGUAACUUUUUUAUUUUAUUUUACUCUGAUUACGAUUAUUCAGGAAUAUUAUCUCAGCUAAGUUUAGGGUUAGCUUUCUGAUUUAUAACUUUGUACUGCA